GUGAUCCUAUGUCGCUUGGCAGAUAGCUAUAACAAGAGCUUGCUGUUAUUAUUAAAUCACGACGCUGCUCUGUCAAAAAUAUAUAAAUUCAACGCGCACUGGACAAACAAAGCGCAGUUUCAGUAACCUGCAGUCCUAUGGUCUGGCUGAAGAACUACCGGUGAUUACCCUGACAGCGCGAGCUCUUUCUUGACAGCGGAUGUGGUGAUGUAGUGUUACGUUCAGCGAGGGAAGAUGUGACAAUCCAAGGACUAUGUCAAAGGAUCAGAAGAAUUCCUCCGAUGGACUCUAAUACGUCUUGAAUGUUACCAAUUUUUCAAAAGACUGCACUAGAAUUUCCAUCAGGAUUAACUGAAGAACAGGACAUGCUCUGUUUUUUUGGGGUACAAAGGAACCCAGAAAUAUCCUUGCUUUUUUUACGUAGACGCUCAUUCAUCCGGCGGACGCUGAAGCGUCGCUUGCUCUCGCAUGUCGCACGCGCAGGCUUGUCAUCGCUAGGCAUUUCUUAUUAAAGAUGGGCUGUCUGAAAACGCCCCCCACUUUUCUGCUGCUGUAACCUAUUCUGCCUCUGCUUAACAUGCAAGAUGCCAAAUAUUUGAAUGAAUAGUCAUAGUUUAUAUUUUCAUGAUUUAUUUUGCCGAAUCAAAUGUAUUUUUUGUAUUUAAAUGUAUGAGCUCUGAAACAGGAUUUUGGUCCAUUAAGCAAGAAAAAUAUUUUUUUAACUAACUUGAAAUUGUAUAGUUUUUUAACAAAGCUGUGAAGCUGUGGUUUUGUCUCAUCUCCAAAUGGUGCAUUCAGUUUAAAAACACUGGUGCCCGACAGUGCUUGCAUUGAGGGAGCACUGAACAGAGACCUCCAUUCAUUCUUGCUGUUGGUCUGUGCUGUGGCUACCCCAUGCUGGAUACCAAAAUGAAGGAGGUGUGUCGCAUCUGCGCCCGCGAGCUGUGCGGCAACCAGCGGCGCUGGAUCUUCCACCCAGCCGCCAAGCUCAACCUGCAGGUGCUGCUGUCACACGCCCUGGGUCGGGAGGUGACACGUGACGGGCGUGGCGAGUUUGCCUGCAGCAAGUGCGCCUUCAUGCUGGACCGCAUGUACCGCUUCGACACGGUGAUCGCCCGCGUGGAGGCGCUCUCCAUCGAGCGGCUCCAGAGGCUGAUGCAGGAGAAGGACCGACUGAGGCAGUGCAUCGGCGGCCUCUACCGCAAGCACAACGGCGACGCGCUGCCCGCCGGGGCUGCCCCGUGCCCGGCCAAGGAGUGCACCGUGGACAUGACGGGCCUCUACCACGCCAAGUACUGCGCCCUGCUGCAGGAAGACCUGGUGUAUUCGCUCUACGAGUCCUGGGCGGAGGAGGAGGAGCAGACGUUGGCCGAGUGCGCGCACCACCACUGCCACAACGCGGCGGCCUCCGAGCUCUCAUCGCCCCAGCGGCCCCGGCACCGCUGCCGCGGCUGCAGUGCCCUCCGUGUGGCCGACUCCGACUACGAGGCCGUGUGCCGGGUGCCCCGCAAGCUGGCGCGCAGCAUCUCCUGCGGCCCGUCCACGCGCUACUCGGCCAGCGGCGCCGGGAGCACCAGUGGCGAGGAGCGCGAGGAGGAGCAGACGUCCUCGGCCACGCUGGUCCCCGACUCCCAGCCCACCACCAACACCACCGCCUCCGACAGCGAGCGCACGCUACUGGGCCAUGCCAGCUCCAGCCCCUCGGUCGAGUCCCUGGACCUGGUGCCCACCCCAGGCAAGCAGCAGCACUCGCUGGACGAAGACCCCACAGAGGAGCAGAACUCGGACUGCCUGUCCGAGGAGCACGCGGGGACUCCUCUGGGCCGCGUGGCGAGCGCGGACAAGCUGACCGUGGCUCUGUAUCUGCUGCAGAACUGCUCCUACAGGCCCGUCCAGAGCCCUCAGGGGAGCAAACUGCCCGUGCUGGUCAAACCAGGUGUCAGGAAUGCAGGCACCAAGAUAGGCAGCCCUGUGCAGGGCGUGAGGGGCCUGUAUGUGGGCGGAGGGGUGUGUGAGCUCACAGAGGUAGAGCUGCCUCUACCACGCAUCCAGGUGGACCUGGGCUUGGAACUGGCUGAGCUGGAGGAGAUGUGGCAGGAUGUGUAUGUGGAGUGCUUGCCUUUCCGCUUCCAGAAGAGUCUGAUCGAGGAGCAGCAGACCCAGCUGAAUCAGUAUGAGUGUGCAGCAGGACAGUGUGUGAGUGAACUGCAGAAGGCUCAGCUUCAUGUCCAAUCACUGCAGGCCAAGAUCCAUGAGAGUGAGGCCAACAACCAGAAGCUGCAGGAGAAGCUGAGUGAGAUGGAAUGUGAACUGCGUUCCAUCAGACAGGCAGCUCAGAGUCAGGAGCGCACAAUCCAAGGCCUUAAUGAGUCCAUCUCCACUAAAGAUAGUGAGGCCCAAGAUCUAUACCAGCUAAUCGAGGGCCAAAAUGCCACUCUUUGCAAGUUGAGAGAGAUGGCCCACCGCAACCAGCUCCAGCAGGCACAGGCUCCAGAGGGGGGCGUGGGGGCCGGCGGCGUGGCCCAGCUGCAGGCUGAGCUGGUGAGGCUGCAGAGCUCCCUGUUCACGGUGCAGCUGGAGCUGGAGGCCAGCCAGAGGGCCCAGAGGCAGAGCCAGAGGCAGGCGGACGACCAGAGCCGCACAGUACAGCGCCUCCACACUGACCUGCAGGAGGCGCUGCAGCACAGGGAGGCCACUGAGAAACACAACCAGGACCUCCGUGGGGCGCUGCAGCAGGCUCGCUCUGAGCUGCAGGAGAAGGAGGCUCAGCUGAGAGACGCAGAGGCCCAGAGACACACGCAGCUCCAGGAGAGAGACAAGAGUCUCGCACAGAUCCGCCUGUCUCUACAGGAGAAGGACAGACUGCUGCAGGAGUACAGUGAGCUCCUGGAGCCUCCGGCGGAGUCCUCCCGCCCCAGAGACGUCCUGCUGGACAAGCUCAGGAGCCGCAUCAGAGACCGGGACAGAGCACUGGAGCGCUCCAUAGACGAGAAGUUCCGCUGUCUGGAGGAGAAGGAGGAGGAGGUGCGGAGGCUCCAUCAGGCCAUGAGGGAGAAGGACAGAGACCUGGACAGACUGCGCACCAUAUUGGCCAACAACGAGGAGACCAUCACGAGUCUGGAUGCGCUGGUACGUGGUAAGGAGCUGGAGCUGGAGCAGGCCCGGGAGAGCAGCAGGAAGCUGCAGAGCCUGAGACAGGAGUGCGAGGAUAAGCACACACUCUGUCUGAGGGAGAGGGACAGCCUCAUCAACCAGCUCCAGACCGCACUGCACACACACACCAAAGAGACAGAGGAGCUGAGGGCAGCGCUGCUGGCUAAAGUGUCUGUGAGCCCAGCCGAGGCCGUGGAGGAGCUGAAGGCCCGUCUGCAGCUCAAGGAGCGUUUGCUGCAGGAGCUGCUGUCCGACCGCAGCCAGCAGGCUCAGGAGCACCAUGCGCAGCUCCAGGACCUGCUCAACACCAUCAGCAGCAGGGACCAGUACAUCCAGGACUCUGCGGACAGACUGGGGCAGGUCAUUGGUGAGCAGACGGGGCAGGUGCAGGAGUUGCGGCUGCAGCUGCUGUCCCGGGGCCGCGAGCUGGCUGACCUGAGCCGCGAGAGGGAACGGGAGAAGGAGAGAGCCGAGCCUGUGGCCCGAGAGCUGGACAGAGUCCAGAACUUGCUCAAGGAGAAAGAGGCCUUCAUUCAGGAGCUGAUGCAGGGCCAGGAAGAGCCCAUGGAGAGCAGCAGUGGCAGGAGCUCAGAAGAGCAGCAGGAGAACCGAGCUCUCAGAGAGGAGCUGCAGCUGGCCCUCAAGAAGCUCCGGGAGAACCAGCUGGAGCUUACUACACUAAGAACACUGGCCUCCAAGCAGAAUCUCCACAGAGGAAGUCAGGAUCUGUCUGGUACCAAUCAUCAGAGUUUCCUGGAGCAGCUGGUCUCUGACUACAACAGGCUGAAUGAGGCCUUGAGAGCUGAAAAGAAGCUCUAUCAGAACUUGGUCCAGAUGCAGAGCACCAAGGACAGCGCCGAGAGGCUUCAGGUGUUGCACACAGAGCUGGACACCGUUCAGGCACUGAGAGGACAGCUCGAGGAGGUCCUGAUGAGGACCCGCGAGACCGCCCUGGUGCUGGAAAAAGCCAAUAAGAUGCAGGCUGAAUUUGGAGAGCUCAGCACAGAGGAGGAGGAGGACAGUGGUGAUGAAGAUGAGGACGCAGGAAGGGCUUGCAGCAGUGAUGAAUUCACAGACAGCAUAGAGGACGAGGACGUCAAACUGACCGCUCAGAGUCUGACCGUCACACAGAAUGUUGGGAUGCCUGGAGGAACAGUGAGCAGGGAGCCUUCCCAGGGUGCCGAGGUGGGAGGGUGGAAGGGCGAGGUGCAGCAGUUGGUGGAGCAGAAGAAGACGCUGGAGGUGGAGCUGGGAGAGCUGAAGAGCCAGCUGAAGAAGGCUGGCUACAAAUCUCUGUUCCAGAUGAGGUCUGCACUGCUGCAGCUCCAGACUGAGAACGAGGCCCUGAGGGAGAGCAGUGGCGGGGGGCCGCACGAAGCCGGACCCGGGACGGAGGCGGGAGCAGGUGUCGGGGGAUCAGUCAGGUGCAGAAGGUGGGAGCAAAGUGACACGGAGGAGGAGGAGGAGGAGGAGGAAGAGCCGCUGAGCCACAAGGAGCGCCACAUGUCAGACAAAGAGGAGGAGGACAGUGAGGAAGAGUCAGAAGAGGAGGAGGAAGAGGAGGAGAUGGACGCCACAGGACUGCCGGUGGGGAAACGCGGGCCUCCCACGGUCAAGCUGCGGGAGGGCCGAGGGAAGAGGAGGUGCACCAGACCGCACUCCCUGGACCUGGGCACCCUGCUGUCUCACCGGCCCAGCGAGGAGCAGGACGCACAGGAGGAGGACGGUGGUGGCGGUGAGCGUGGCGGAGGGUUCUGGCAGCACGUGGAGGCAGGUCUGCGGGACCAGGCGGAGCGUCUGCGAUCUGACCUGGCCCUCAGCCGGCAGGAGAACCGCGAGCUGCAGGAGAGACUUAUGGUGUCGGAGGCCACCGUCCACGCCCAGGCUGACCAGCUCAAGGACUACAGAGAGCUGCUGACGGAGACAUCAGUGCAGCAGGACAGUAAGCUGGUGCAGGUGGACCUGCAGGAUCUGGGCUACGAGACGAGUGGACGCAGCGAGAACGAGGCCGAGAGAGAGGACGCCAGCAGCCCAGAGUUUGAUGACCUGGAGAUGUGCACCUCUCUGUCGCGGGGGAGCGAGUACGGCUACGCGCUGAAGGAGCCAGAGGAGGACGGGGAGGGCUUGCUGGCGCCCGUGGUGCGUGACCUGCGCUCGCAGCUGGCACGCUGCCACCGCGUGAUCCGCAGCCUGCAGCUGCGCGUGCGCUCGCUCUCGGCCACGUCCGACUACGCCUCCAGCCUGGAGCGCACGCCGCGCAAGGUCAACUGGGCCUUCCAGGCCUCGCCGGCGCACAGCGGCCUGGAGGAGGACGAGGGCUGGCAGUCGGACGGGCCCCCGCGGUCGCGGCCCAGCCACGAGCUGAAGGAGCUGGUGUUGCGCGUGGCCUCGCUGGAGAAUCAGCUGAAGAGCACCCGCAUGGAGGGCGCCCCCGCAGGAGAGGAGGGGAGGUGCGCCACCUGGCCAGGGAAGUACAACACACUGAUCCAGGCGCAGGCUCGUGAGCUGUCCCAUCUGCGCCAGCGCAUGCGUGAAGGCCGGGGCGUCUGCCACAUCCUGACGCAGCACCUGGGCGACACCACUAAGGCCUUUGAGGAGCUGCUGCGGGCCAACGACAUCGACUACUACAUGGGCCAGAGCUUCAGAGAGCAGCUCUCCCAGAGCAGCAGCCUGGCCCAGCGCAUCAGCACCAAGAUCAGUGGCCGGGAUCGGUCAGAGCUGCCUGAUGAUAAGACCGGCCAUGAGCUUCUUGCGUUACGGUUGAGUAAGGAGCUUCAGCAGAAAGAUAAAAUCAUUGAGUCUCUUCACACCAAGCUGCAACAACGCCCAGAUACGCCUUCGAGCUGCCAUGCCAUGUCAGAGACCACCGACCAGUCGGACAGGACCUCCUUUGUGUCUGACGAGCGUGGCUCGACUAAUGAGGAGCUGGAGCUGGCCUCAGAUAUGGAGGGAGGAAGCGAGUACGCCCCGGAGAGACAGGGGGACAGGAUGUGCCCUCUGAAGAAUGCCACAGAGCGCCCCACCUCCCUGCCCCUGCAUAAGAGCCCCAGCACCCCUGUCAUGCCUGUGGACAGGCAGGCUCAGACAGAUUUCUACCCCAAUCCCCAGUACAGUUCUGCCCCGCCGCCCCAGGGCUACUUCAUGCUCAGACCCUCUGCUCCACAGGGCGUGACUUUUGCCCCCAUGCACAGAGCACACUCUGCUGUUGAGCUGCACCAGUACCCACAUGGGCUGUGGACAGGAACAGGUUUUAUGGUGCCUCAUGCCAAAGCCCUGUCCAGUUACUCUCUGACUGGACACACCCCCACCAACCCCCACGCGUUCGGCCCGAUGUCCCACCAUGCUCUGCACCAGGCCCAUCUUGGCGCCCACAGCGGAGCCUCCACCCUCAAGACCAACGCCAGCCUGGGGGAGGGCAGUGCCCUCUGGGAGAUGGACAACACCAUGCAGCCAAUCAGGGGCUUCUCUGGGUCAUCAGGAUACCAAUCAGGAGGAAGCCACACAGGUGUGGACCUGAUUGAGGAGCACCUGAGGGAGAUCCGGAACCUCCGCCAGCGUCUAGAAGAUUCCAUCAGAACCAACGAGCGCCUCAGACAGCAGCUGGAGGACCGACUGACAGGGGGACAGGGAGGAGCCCCCACUAACAUCUACAUCCAGGGGCUGGAGUCCGUCACCCAGCUGUCCAAUGAGAUGAGAGCUCUGAAGGAGGAGAACAUGGGCCUGAAGUCCAGGCUGCAGAGUAGCAGAGACAGCAGCGAGGAGGCGCUGUGUGGGCGGGCGCGGCUGCAGCAGGCCGAGCUGGAGGCUGAUCAGUGGAAGGAGGAGCUGCGGCGGAUGCAGAGCCACAGCUGUGAGCAGAGCCAGCAGCUCCAGCAGCUCCGCCAGGAGCGACAGGCCAGCCAGGAGCUCACCAGCAGGCACGAGCAGCGCACUCUGCCUACACACACACACACACACACACACACACACACACACACACACACACACACACACACACACACACACACACACACACACACACACACACACACACACACACAAAUGGUAUAUUUAUGUAGUAUACAUGUUUAAGAGUGCUGUGUGUCU